CGAAACCAUAGAUAUCAUUGACGUUUGUUUGCUGCCGUGCUAUUGUUAUUGUUUCCAAAAGUUGGUCUAAUUGCAAAAAGUCACCGAAAUUUAAUUUCUACAAAUUUAAUAAUCUAAAACCAACAUGGGAGUAGAUGUAGAAACCAUUGCACCUGGAGAUGGUAUAACCUUCCCGAAACCGGGUCAAACUGUGGUAGUGCACUAUACAGGGACACUAGAAAAUGGUAAGAAAUUUGAUUCGUCCAGAGAUAGAGGACAGCCGUUCAAGUUUACGUUAGGAAGGGGCGAUGUUAUUCAAGGAUGGGAUCAAGGAAUUUGUAGGAUGUCUGUAGGUGAGCGAGCAAGGUUGAUCUGUUCUCCGGACUUUGCAUAUGGCUCUAGAGGUCACCCUGGCGUCAUUCCACCAAACGCUACCCUAAUAUUCGAUGUCGAGUUAAUACGUGUUGAAUAAUUGUUAUGCACAACUACGAUGCACUUACGGAAAUACUCAAAUGAAACUCAAUUUUCACAGUUGUUCAGGCUUUUCAGUUAUAAUAGUAAUCUUUUAAAGAAGAGAUGAGAGAGAGAAGACUACAUUCUGAAUGGUUGUUUGAUAUUUUAACGCACUUUCGGGCAGUCUAAAUAGAAUUCAUUUUUAAAAACAGAAUCCAUAAAAAAAUAUUUUAAUAAAAAAUUAAAACAUAAAGUAACAUUUGAGUAUUUUACAUUAAUGAUUUAAGUAAGUUAUAAAUGUUAAUAAUAUUGUCAUUAAAUGUUUAUAAUAAGUGUUUAAAACAGCAUUAGGUUUGUGACUUACAUGUGAUGUUGAUAAAUACUCUGCUUUAAGUGUAGUUUGCUAGCAUACAUUAAAAGAGAAAACAAGAGUAUAAACUAGAAGACUUGUUAAUAAGAAUUGUAUUGGCAUAACAAUGGUGGAUGGAAUGUCCUACAAACUUAGAGUUUGAUGAUAAUUGGUCAUGCAAGAAUAGGUUUUAGUGAUCAGAAAACCAAUUGGAGAUUUGAAUGUAUUUGAUAGGCAAAUGUGUGAUUUAUAAUCUUAAAAACUAAUGUUCAAAUAUGAUAAUGCUAAAUGCUAAAAAACAUAUUUUAAAAUGACAGUAAUAGCUAAAACCUAUAAUUGAACAGUGUUACACUAUUUAGACAUGGUUUUGACAAUGCAGAAUAAAUAUAAAAUCAAUUGCAUUGAUAAUACAUAUUUUGCAAUCAUUUUAUAAACUUUCAAUAGUAUAUUUAGUGUGCUAUAGUAAUAAUUCAAAUGUGGAAAACAUUGUAAGAAAAACAGCUUAGAACUCAUUAUAGAUUAAGAACAUAAGCUUUGGCUAUGUUUGCUAUAUGGUAAUAUUCACAAAUGUUUUGUAAAUUAAAAUCAAUGGAAUUUAUUGGUAUAAGUACAGAUGUCAGGUGGUUACAACUCUGGUCUUUAUAUAAGACAGCAGAAAAUACUCAUUAUGUGUUGUCUUUUUGCUUUCCUUGGAUUUUAUCCUUAUUGGGUUUAUGUAUGAGAAUCUUGACAAUCUAAGUGUCUGAUGAACUGGCAUCUGUACUGGUCCUAUAAUAGUGUAACUACUUGUACCUAAUUUAAUCUUUUUUUAUAGCUUGCUAAUCAAUAGUGAUUUCAUUUGUCACCAUAUUGUUCUAACAUGCCAUAAAAACUUUUUAGGUAAGAUGAGCUUUGACCUUUUUUGGUGUGCUAUUUUUGCAGUGUAGUCUCUGUAAAGUUUAAUCUUUUCUGUGCUUCAACAUUUUACUUGAAUAAGCUUGUUUUUGCACAAAGUAUAGGAAUUAUAAUUUCAAAAAUUAUAUUAUCAAAUCUCUGCUUUGCUGAAAUUGUUAUCUUAAUUUAUUAAUCAUUGUAUAAAUAUAAUAAAAGAUUUUAUUUAAUUGGGAAUUGAUUUAUUACUUUAAGACUGCCUGCAGCCCUUCCCAUCACCACUUUUACAUAUUUGAUAUCACAGGUAUAGAAGAUACAUGCAGAAAUAAAAAUUAAAAAAAUGAAACAAGGGAAGCUUUUACAAUUCUUUGGCAUAUUAAAAUUUAAAUAAAACCAGGCAAUAUUGACCUCACUGUCACUGUCUUCGAGACAGCAUAAUUAAACAGUAAUUACUUUUGAAAAUCUACUGAUAAAAAAAUAAGAAACACCUUUCCCUUACAAAAAAACAAUAGUCUAUAAACUUUCUGGAAAAUAAUUCAUCAAUGGAACAACACAGUUCUUAGUAAAGGGUGUGCGGCAUAAUGCACAGGUUUCCAAUGCUCCAUAGGAGCACUGUAAACAGAAUAUAUGGCCACAGGGUAAAACGCAAGGUUGUAUUAUUUCUUCCAGACAGGCCACACAUGACUUGCUACUAUCUACUUCAUUAGGAAUCUCUCUCAUUUGAUCCAUAUGUUCUUUCGCCCUGUACAAACUCUGGCCACAAGACACUAAUGCAUGCAACAAAGUUACAACACCAAGGAGUCUCAAAUGUGCAUAGUAGGCAGCUGCAGCGGGUCUAACAUGAACAUAGUCUAUGCCAGUCACGGUCUUGCUUAUCUGUAAAGGCCCACCACUGAUAUAAGCGAUGCCACGGUGAAUAUUCUGUAUCUGAGGUAUUAUACUGCUUAAGGUUUUAAAUGUAAUCAAAAACACGUUCUGUGCUUCUACAGUUAAUGACGGAUCUUGUUGAACUCGCUUUUCUGCACUCUGGAGAAUGACUCUCGUAAUAUUUUCACCAAAUAUUGACAAUAAGAUGCUGAGAAGUCGACUCCAAUGUGAUGGUAACUUAUUGUAGGUUUCGUCGACUUGCACGAUACCUGAAUAUUCUUCUCCAAGCGUUUGGAGGUCCUGCAGGGUAGUCAGUGACCUAUAUAUUAAAGAAGACAGUGGUAUUGCUUUGGAUACGUUUCUUGCUGACAUCAAUCUUGAUAAAGAUUCGGCAAGUUGCUUUUCGUAAAGAUCAUCUUUUUGCCAUGAUCGAAGAACUUCUGCAGGUUGCGCCCUUGGUAAUGCCAUUUUAAUAAAUUUUAAAACAAUUACUAUUAAUUAAUGUAUCGUUGUUUUCAUUUCAAUACAUAUUUUAACGCCAAGAGCGCAAUUUUAUCGUAAAUAAGUACCUAAUCUAGUUUUUAUUUACGACGAAUAGAUAACAAACAGAAUAGA